AAAUAUCCAUUUCCAUCAAAAUUUAAUUAAAAAGUACAAAGUUUUGCCAAAAAUUAUGAUGACUUCUUGUAACUAGAGAAGUGUCGAGGUUCCACGCGAAGCAAUGAUUUGUACCUUGUGAAGACCGUAGGAAGUGAAAACUUUGUAAUUACCGUCUUAUCAGAAAAGAUAUAGUUAUGGAUUAUAUAGACCUGAAUAAGACUAUUGUCGCAGAGAUAUUGCAUUAGUCGAUGUGGUGAAGGUGGUGGUUAACGACUUGUGCAGGAACCAAUCCCUUCAAAGAUGAAACUAUUGGUGCUCUUUUUCUUCUCAACCCUCAUUAUUUGCACCACUCCCAAGAAAGAAAAAUGCGAGACGGCAACUCAAGACGAUUGCGAAAAUAUGACAUCCGAAUACGAAAAAUACCGCGCUUGUAUGGAACGUCGUCGUACCAAGCGUUCGACUGACUGCUACGACGAAGAUUCCUGCGACAAUUGCGACUGUAACACUUGUAGCUACAGUUCCUGCGACUCCUGCGGCCACAAAGACAGUUGUUGCGGACAAUGUUGCCAAAGUAGCUCCUGCACAUCAACCAACUGUUGCCACCAAACCUGCCGAGCCGAAUGUCGCUCCAACUCCUGCAGAACUUCCUGCAAAAAACGGUGUCUAGACAGGGCAACUCAAACACCAUCCUCCCAGACGUCCCAAAUGUCCCAAAGACAUGAAAGCACCAGCAAACACAAUAUAACAACAGUGAUUCAUUUGAAUAAUGUUAUCAAUAAUACGAAUUUGAUUAAUUUACCGAUUAAUGUUAACAACACGGUUUUGAAUAAUAUCACGAAUGAAGGGCAGUAUCGCGGAGGGGGUUAUUUCGGGAUUUACGUCCAGGAGACGUCAAAGGACCAAUGUUGCAUGUCUGUAGGGCCUAGGCAAUGCGUCCCUCAGAACGAUUUUCCCUUUAUGAGGUGUUUCCACGUCCGGAGGAAAACCUGUGGGAGUAUGUGCACCGCCCCCGUGGUCCACUACCAAAAGCACGAAAUUUGCGACAAUGACGUGAAUUUACAGCAACCUUGUCGACAGCAAGUAGUCUACAUCCCGCAGCCGCAGCCUAGGUGUGCCUACCAACCAACCUGGCCCUACGUCACGUGCGGGAACAGCCAAUCACAUACCUGCGACGGCUGCUACGACCACUACAUCAAACGGGAAGAUUUGACCAAAUGUUCGAAUUUCUGCUACGACGAUGGGUAUGGUGCAGGGCCGUAUUAUAGACAAGGGCCGUUUUACAGGCCCGGUUUUGCCCAUGUACCUUCCUGUGUCCAAACUGGGACUUGUGGGUAUGGGUGGGAUGGUUAUGAGAGCUAUGCUGGGGCUGCGAGUGGGUUUCCGUACAUGUACCCGCCUCAGACGUAUCCGUAUAUUAUCGAGGAUUGUGAGAAUGGUACUUGUUCUGUGGCACCCAUUCACUGGAAUGGUUCAGUGGAUGAAAAGUCGAUUGAUAUUAAGGAUGAUAAGAAUAUACAGUGGUUUCAACCAGAUAAAAUGAUGAAUAUUGAAGCUGAAGUCAAAGAUUCGCCUAGGUUGGGGAGGUAUGCUGAGAUAAGAAUUAAGCCCAAUAGAAAACAUAAAAAUAAAGCUACAAGUAGCACUACGACAGAAACUACAAAUUCUACGACUGUUGCAUCUGUAGAAAUUGCCACUACAACUUCAUCUAAUUAAUACCUGUACUUCAUUUUUAGUUUGUGCUUCAGUAUUUUAUUUAAUCAAACAAGAAGACCAGACAAUUUAUUUUUUAUUCUAAUGUAAUAUAUUUUUACAAUUUUAAAAUAUACAUGUACUUUAUU